AUGGCGGGGUCAUCCCCGCGCAGGUCGGAGGCACUUGCCCUGUGCUUCCUCGUGUUCCUGUUAGUGUUACCGGGCGUCUCUGGAUGUGGAGGCACCUUGACGGCUCCCUCUGGAGGUCCUGUCACGUCACCGAACUACCCCGCUAACUAUGGCAACAGCCUGAAUUGCGAGUGGCUGAUCACCGUCCCGGCAGGAAGCACGAUCCGUCUCACGUUUGACAGCUUCGACGUGGAGCAAGAUUAUGACUUUUUGCGCAUCUACGAUGGAGACAGUGCAAGUGCGGCGGUGUUACAGGAGUUAACGGGUCCACAGUCAGUCAGCCCUAUCGUCAGCACAUCUAACGUGAUGCUCCUGAGGUUCACAUCUGACAACAGUGAAGCACGUCAGGGGUUCAAUUUCUCCUACACAAGUAACAACACGUAUGGUAUGAAGAAAUAA